UAGGACUUUGUGACGGAUUUGUACAUUUAUUUUCAAUCGAUAGGUACGUACGGAUUGAAUUGCUUUCGGAGCGAUUAAUGACGCGAAUUUGACAAAUUGACCAAUCACAUUAGACCUGUUCAGCAGGUACAGUUGUUGUCUUGUCAGCACUAGACGUUGAUUUAUUUGUUCUCAAAGUAAGAGCAGCUUUGCUGAACGCAGCCAAUUACAGUUUUAGUGCAGCACUUUCGUGCGGUUUUCAGUGCAGAGAAAACACAGAACACACCUGCCGGUGCAAAAAAUCUAUAGUUAAUGUUACAUGUAGGCACUAUAGAUUUCGAUAAUGACAUCAAAUAUUCGAAGUAGAUUUAUAUAACUUUCAUGAGGCAUAUAAACACAGAUCGUCUCUUGCUCUUAACAAAUCGUGUAUGACUUGAUAGGUAAGCUCAGUGUCAUGGAAAAUUCUAGUGUAAUGUCUGUAUCGCUGUUAAAAAAGUGAUCUCGCGAUUAUAUUAAUAUAGAUCACUGUACACUCAAAAACGUGUGUGUCGAGUUACCGUAAACUAGUAAACUAGGAUCGCGAAUAUGGGCUCCGGUCAGAGUUCCCGCAAGUUGACCAUCUCGAAUGAAGAAGGAGUUGGAGUGAUCAAGCUGUCCAACUCGAUUAUAGAGCGUCUUGCUCAAGCGGAAACAUCGUCAGCAUCCACCUCGGACGUAAAACCUGACGUAUCGAACCAACAAGCACCACCACCUCCUGGUGUCGCGACAGCCCCACACCAGACUGCUGUUACCGCGCCUGGACAGCCGGUAUACUAUUAUCCUGAAUUAACGGUAUCUGCUCUUAAAAUGCAGCAACAAAUGGAAAAAGAACUGAAACAACAAGAUCAGUACUGGCAGAGACGUUUGCAGAAAUUAGAGAGUGGUUAUCAGAAGUUGAAUGCUAUCUUGGAAGAUGAAUAUAAAAAAGCUGCUAGUGAAACUUCUGACACCAAAAAUAGACAAGUAAUCAGUGACAUUCAAGGUGCUGUGCAACCGUGCAUUGAGAAUAGUGAUAAAAUCCUCAAGUGCUUACAGGAUCAUCCUAAAGAAACUCUUAAAUGUUCAAACUUGGUAGAAGAAUUUUCAAACUGUAUCUGGAAUGUACAGUAUACAUAUAUGAUCAAAGUGUAAUGUAUUCUCCUUGUAUAUUUUAUAAUAGCUUACAGUAAUCUUAAAAAAAAUAGUGAAGAGUAAUAAAUUAUAUAAGAU